CCUAUUUGUUGAGGGCAUUGCCAUGGAGACGCAACCAACACAGUAACGUCAGCAGUCGGGUUUCGAGAUCAGGAGGAAGAAGUGUUAAUUUUCUUUUAUAUUUAAAAUUAUCUCACGAAACGACAUUGUAGCUUUUCGUAUUUAAGACGUCAUAAAUAUUGAGCGAUAUCAUUCGUUCGAUAUUCCGGUUUUCUUUCGUGUCAGCUUAUCCAGGAAAUAAACAAGCCAGCUGGAGCGUAUAGCCCUAACUUUACAACGGAGCGAUAGGUGGAAAUAGCCUGCAAGAAAAUAUCGUUAAUGGUGGAUGUUACUGAAUGCGUGAAAUAUGAUCUAAUCUUUACAGUCUCGUAUCAGUUUAAACUCCCUUAGCUAACCUAGCAUGGCUACUUAGCUAUUUGUAGCUGUCAUUUUGCCGUAGAUUACAAUUGCGUCCUCGAUCGGCAUUUGUUGGUGAAGUCACGUUUUAAGAGUAGUCCUUUUUGUUUUUAUUCGCUGAGAAAUGGAGGAUUCCGAGGUUAUUAAUUUUUCAGCGCUGGAGAAGGAGUUGCAGGCAGCGUUGGAGGCAGACAAGAAAUAUCGACGGGAGAAUGAUGCAAAGUUUCGCGCAAUACAUCAGAACGUUGGCUCUUAUGAGGAGUUUAGAGAUAUAGUACUGGCGUCGCACCUGAAACCACUGGAGAAGAAGGACAAGGCGGGCAGCCCACGCACGCAGCCUUGGAACCCCAUGGCUUCUGGAGCUAGGAAGUCAACCACCACACAGUGUGAGACCAUGGAGGCGUCCGAGUUCCGGCCCAGAACGGCAGCCGAGUUCAGCCGCGACUGGCGCAGGUUCGAGGGGAGCGCGGAGGACAGGUACCAGCUCCUGGUCUCCCUCGGGGGGGAGGGGGUCGGGCGGCUCUUCAGCGCUGAGGUGGGGUGCGGCCUGCUGGGGGAGUUCCUGCUGGUCCUGUGGGGGUGCCUGCGGCCCGCGGACGCCGGGGCCAUUCUGGCCGUCCUGGAGGGGAUGUCCCGGACGGGCCGCUUCGGGCUCAACGUGUCCUUCCUGAGCCGGGCGGAGAGGGACGCCUGUCUGCGGCUCAUGGGCAAGCUGAUGGAAAUUUUGGGGGACAGGGACCCUGGAACCGCAACUGGGCUUCGGGGUGCAGAGGCUAACACAGGACAGGACGGGGAGGCUACAGGGGGGGAGAAUGUUCUGGAGAAAUUAAAAAGCUUAAUGCAACUUUAUGAUGUCCACAUUGAUUCUCCUAAAUAAAAAGUAAUCCCUCUACCUACAUAGGGAUAGUUCUCAUUCAGAAGUUUUUAUUUUUAUUAUUAGGUUUUAGUGCAUAUUUUAGAUUGGCCCAGAUAGUGUUUGUGUGCAAUGAAGGAUAUUUUCGAUACGUGAUGAAGUGGACUAUAUGGACCAAUCAAAGACAUACACUAAGUCUGAAAAAAACAACAACAAAAAACAGGAAGCACACUAUCAUUUUAAACGGAUAUGGUUAAGAAGAUACUCUGUUUUGUUUUGCAGUGUUAUUGAAAGACUAUGUACUUCAUUUUAUAGCUGAUGUGUUCAUUGGGGCUAUUUUUAAUGUAUUUACACUACACUGUACCGCUUCACUGAAAAACAGUUUUUUAAAAGUACACAGACAAUGUGCAUUUUAGUAUGUAAAAUCAGGCCCUCUGUUACUCACCAUGCAUUGUGAUGUCAUAGUCAGCUUACAAUGGAUUUGGAAUGUGCACUCUUACUAGCCUUCAGAGUGUGGAACUCACUGAACUCACUGCACUUAUAAAGGAGCCAAGCUGAAGAGCUCACUUACUGUAAGCUG